UUGUUCAUCGAUUAUCUCCUGCGUGCAUCUACCCACUUGUUUUAGUAUGGCACGUACGCGCGUACGUACUUUGACACGCUAUAAAUAAACAUCUCAGCCAAGAAAGAUGGAUCGAUCCAGGUGUCAAUUUGCUUGCUAAUUGACCAGUGACGCUCCAUUCGUCGAUCUCACCGGCUUCUUCUCGGGCCGACUGGCGAUGGCCGGCAAUGGAGCUACCACCCGGAGGCUGCUCACCCUGUUUCCGCUCCACGUGACCCUCAUCUUCCUUCUCGGCGCCAACGGGGCGGACGCUGCGACUUCCUUCAGCUUCGCCAACGAGUGCUCGCACCCGGUGUGGGUGGGCGUGCUCAGCGGCGCCACCUCGCCGCAGCUGCCCCGCACCGGCUUCUACCUCGCCCCGGGCGCGACCUCCUCGCUCGCCGCCCCGUCCUCCGGCGCCUGGUCCGGCAACUUCUGGGCGCGCACCGGCUGCGCCGUCGACGAGGGCACCGGCCGCCUCGCCUGCGCCACCGCCGACUGCGGCAGCGGCGACGUCGCCUGCGACGGCCGCGGGCCCGCCCCGCCCGUCACGCUCGCGGAGAUCACCCUCGCCGCCCCCGGCUCCGGCGGCCUCGACUUCUACGACGUCAGCCUCGUCGACGGCUUCAACCUGCCCGUCAGCAUCGCGCCCUCCCACGGAGGCUGCCAGGCGGCGGCGUGCGCGGGCGACGUGAACGCCGUGUGCCCGUCGGACCUGAGCGUCGCGUCCGGCUCAAGCGGUGAGGUGGUGGCGUGCAAGAGCGCCUGCAACGCCUACGGCAGCGCGCGCUACUGCUGCAGCGGCGACUACGGCACGCCGGCGGCCUGCGGGCCCACCAGCUACUCGCAGGUGUUCAAGGCCGCCUGCCCGGCGGCCUACAGCUACGCCUACGACGAUGCCAGCAGCACCUUCACCUGCUCCGGCGCCGCCACCUACCACAUCACCUUCUGUCCUGCCACUUAACUCAUCAACCUCACAAUCCUUAUAAUUAAUUAAUUAAUUAAUUAAUUAAUUAUAAUCACGCAGUGGACAUGUAUGCAGUUUAAUUUUUCAGUGAAAAUAAUAUUUAUAAAGAGUAAAAAAGGGAUUACAAAUCUUUAUGCUUCCUUAUUCUUUUUUUCUUUGAGGGGAUUAUGCUUCCUUAUUCAAUGUGUAUUUUGGUAAUCAGUACUGUAGCACAAAAUGGAUGAGAACAAAGCCAUGCCUUUGCCGCCUCUUA